AUGAAAGCGGUCAGAUCCGCUCGACGCCAGAGUAUCAUCAAAGACAAGUCAGCCGAAGCAGCUGCACUCAAAGAAAAUGCCCCUCCAAAGUCUACACCUGCGAAAAAGACAACCCCAGCUUCUGGCAAGAAGCGCAAGGCUGAGCUGUCCCUUGAUGAAGAAGUCGCCGCGCACAAGGCAGACCUGGAUGACACAAUCGGCCACGCCACUUUUGAGGACGAUAGCCUUCCCAGCUGCAAUGUCAUCCGCACCAAGUUCAGUAAGCUCUUUGACUCGGGCGUCAUGAACAAGGCUGAGUUCUGCAGAGCCACCGAUACAAACUCAAGCUCCCUUGACAAAUUCCUCAAGCAGGAAGGUCCCUUUGGCGGAUGUAACAGUUCCGUCUGGCGUAACGCAUAUGUAUGGUUUCAACAGCGUGAAGUCAUGGGUCUCAAAAUGCCAGACGCCAAGAAACGCCAGCUCCAUGAGAGCAAGAAGGAUGCUGCCGAAGGAACUCCCUCUAAGGCUAUACCUUCAAAAGCUCUUCCCGAUAUCAGUGACAUUCACCUCGAAGGCGAAGAAACAGACGAUGUCCCCAUCUACGAUGACUGCGAUGAGAUCCGGCGCAAAAUAAACGCGCACAUGACAAUCCCUAGCGUGACGCAAGCGCAGUAUCUAUGCGCAGUUCAAGGCGCCGACGUGCAAGGGGAUCCAGCCAAAGCAGCUUUCGGACUUUAG